AUACAUAUGACUAUAUUAUGAAACUAGUAAAAGAACCUAAUUAAUAAAUAAUAAAAAACAUCAUACUUAUAAGUUUCAGUAGGUACACAUGCCAAAACUGACUAGUUUAUUUGGUUAAUUUUAUUUUUUAUUAUAAGUAUCAAAGUUUACUGGAAUUCGUAGCGCGAUGUUGUAUAAUUGGCUGGAUGAACAAAACUCGCCCGAAGGUUGAAUAAUGAAUAAAAAAUCGUAAUACUGGGGAGUCUAUAGAAACAUUUUAGUAUUAAAGUGUAACUGAUCUAGUAAAGAUCAAAAUUUCUUAACGUUUUUGCGUGUUACUUUUUCAAACUAAAAAUGAAUUUUAAAAUAUUAGCAGAUUUAAAAAAUGUUUAUCUUUAUUUAAUAUUAGUUGUUGCCUUUCAUACGUGUGAAUCAAAACUGAUGUACAAUUGUCAAAACGGAUUUUCAAAAUUUGGAAGUAACUGUUAUCAUUUAAGUAAAGAAACAGCAACGUGGCAAGAAGCUUUUUUUGAAUGCAAAAAUUUGGCAAAAGGAAGUAAACUCGCUGUGCUAGCCAGACAAGUAGAUGAUCAUAAUAUUCGAAAAUUUUUAAAUUACAGAAAAAAUGAAACAAAAGAAAGAUGGAUAGGAGGCAUUUAUGAUUGGAGCCAAGACCAAUGGAAAUGGGCAACGUCGGGACGUAAAAUUCGAUACAACAGAUUUGAAACUGCACAACAUUUUGUUAUUGAUCGAAAUGAUCAAUGGCAGUGUAUAUCACUGGAUCCAAAUAUUGAUUACAAAUGGAAUGCACAAAGCUGCUUACUAAAAAAAAACUUUAUAUGUGAAACAAAACCUCAACCAGAGUGUAUGAAUAAUAUAGUUUAGAAACAUUGAUUAAUUAUCCAUGAAAAAAAUUUUUAAUUUUAAAUCAAGUACCUACAGGU